GACCUGGUUCCCCCCCUCCCAGCACAGCCAUACCAGAGCAGAAACCGUCCGUGCAGUGGAGACGCCUGGUCCAGAGCAGUGAUUCCAGUUUCAGCGUCAAGAUCUCACACUUGGAGGAGACACCCUUGGUCUGGAGCAGAGACCUCAAUCCAGAGCGGAGGUCCCGGAGCAGAGACCCCAAAACAUCCCCUUCCGCAGCCCCCAGGCUUUGCAGCAAUGACAGGCAAAACUGCACCUCCAGCGGCUUCAAAGAAAGCGGCGGCAGCUCCAAAGAAAGCAUCAGCAGCCCCAAAGAAAGACUCGACGGCUGCUAAGAAAGAGACGGCACCAGCCCCAAAGGAAGAACCAGCAGCAGCCCCAAAAGAAGAACCAGCACCAGCCCCAAAGGAAGAAUCAGCACCAGCCCCAAAGGAAGAAUCAGCAUCAGCCCCAAAGGAAGAACCAGCAUCAGCCCCAAAGGAAGAACCAGCAUCAGCCCCAGCUGCUGAAGAGCCCUCAGCCCCUGAACAUCCCCCUGCCGCAGAGCAGCCUGCAGCCCCCGCAGGCGAAUCUGCUCCUGUCCCCACCACAGAGGCAACUCCAGCCCCUCAAGAAGGUCUCCCAGCCCCUCCAGCUGAAACCCCAGCCCCUGAACCUGAGAAACCAAAAGAAGAGCCACCCAGCUCCCCCUUGUCCUUGGCUGUGGAAGAAGUGAGCCAGAACUCUGUUACGUUGACCUGGAAAACCCCGGAGCAGACAGGACAGUCGGGCCUGGAUGGAUACGUGGUGGAGAUCUGCAAAGAUGGAAGUACAGACUGGAAGGCUGUGAAUGAGGAGCCUUUUCUUUCCACCCGCUACACGGUCCAGAACCUCAGCUCCGGUGACAAGAUCCAUAUACGGGUCAAGGCCAUCAGUGCCAGCGGGGCCAGCGUCCCAGCUACUUUGGACCAGCCAGUUGUCAUCAGAGAGAUCCUCCAGCUCCCGAAGAUCCGCUUGCCCCGUCACCUGCGGCAGACUUAUUUCAGGCAUGUUGGGGAUGCCAUGAACAUGAUGAUCCCUUUCCAGGGAAAGCCGCAGCCCGAGGUGAUCUGGACCAAGGGUGGCCAGCCCCUGGACACCAGCCGCAUCAACAUCCGCAACACAGACAAGGACACCAUCUUCUACAUCCGCCAGUCGCAGCGCAGCGACUCGGGCAAGUAUGAGCUCACUGUGCGGAUAAACGGAGCAGAGGACAAGGCCACCCUGGACAUCCAAGUGAUUGAACCACCAGGCCCCCCCCAGAACCUGAAGCUGGUGGACGUAUGGGGCUUUAAUGUGGCCCUGGAGUGGAGCCCCCCGGCAGACAAUGGGAACUCUGAGAUCAAGGGCUACGUCGUGCAGAAGUCAGACAAGAAGAGUGGGCAAUGGUUCACGGUGCUGGAGCACUGCACCCGCACCAGCUGCACCAUCUCUGACCUCAUCAUUGGCAACACCUACUCCUUCCGAGUGUUCGCGGAAAACGGCUGCGGGCUGAGUGAAACAGCAGCCGUCGCCUCUGGGGUGGCCCACAUCCAGAAGACAAAAACUACUUACCAGGCAGAGAAGAUCCCCCAAAGGGACAUGAUGGAGCCUCCAAAGUUCACCCAACCCCUGACAGACCGAACCACCACCCGGGGCUACAGCACACAUCUCUUCUGCAGCGUCCGGGGCUUCCCCCAGCCCAAAAUCAUCUGGAUGAAAAAUCAGAUGGAGAUACGGGAAGACCCCAAAUACAUUGCGAUGAUUGACCAGGGUGUCUGCUCCCUGGAAAUCCGCAAGCCCAGCCCUUUCGAUGGGGGUGUCUACACCUGCAAAGCUGUGAACCCUUUGGGGGAAGCCUCAGUAGACUGCAAACUUGAUGUGAAAGUGCCCAAGUGAGGACACAUUGGAGGGCAAGAUGAAGAGCAAGUGGUUCCCUCGCAGGACUCAGAUCUCGUUCCUUCACUCCAGGUGGAUGCUGCAGCUGCUGUUCAGUAGCGUGGCACAUGGUGAUGCUUCUGGCCAUGACCUCUGCUGCCUGCGGGCCUGCCACCUCCCCGGUGGUACCCCUGGGGGCCUGCACCUCAUCCCACCAUGGCAUGGUCCUCUCUGAAUGUGUCCUUGGGUGUGACAAGAAAACAAGCUCAUCUUUGGUCCUCAUAAAAAAAAAAACCAAAACCAAACCAAAAUAAAAACAAAUGAACACCA